UGGUGACUGUCCUCCCGAACAGUUCAUCAUUAAAAUAAUACAAAAAAACAAAGUGCAGUGUAGUAAAACGAAUAUAAAAUUCUCACAACAAAUGUCCUUAAAAUAUUAUUAAUUAUAAUAAAAAAUAUACGCAUAAAUAGAGAUGGUUGAAAUCAUAGAACAAACAUCCAAUACAAUGGAUGCCAGUGAUAAACAAACAACACAAACUGUCACCAGCGAUCGCAGUGAUAAUAAUCCUGAUGACAUUAAUGCCGAAUCAAAAUUGCUAAAUAGUAGUAGUAAUGGUAGUGCUCCCAAAAAUGGUUUGAAAAAACAAAAGAGUGUUAAAUCCGAACAGGAUCGUAAAACGACCGAAGAUAUAAAUAAAUUAUUACGUGAUAUGCCACUGACAGAUGAUAUGACAUGUGGUUUUUGGAUAUUUAAAGGAUCUUUUUUUCAAAGAUUCGCAAAUCAAACAUCCUACGUUGUACUGUACGGCUUAGUGGGCUGUAUAUUCUCAAUGACAUAUGCCUACUUCAAUGGAACGAUAACAACCAUUGAGAAAAGAUUUAAAAUACCAUCCAAGAAUACAGGACUGAUAUCGGUGGGAAAUGAUAUAAGUCAAAUGAUGGUAUCGGCUGUGUUAAGUUAUUAUGCGGGUAGAGGACAUCGGCCAAGAUGGAUAGGAUUUGGUCUCUUAACGAUAGUGGCGUUUUGUAUGCUAACAGCUGCUCCUCACUUCCUGUAUGGACCAGGAGAGGAUGCUUUGGCUCUGACAGCAGAAUUUGGUGCUUUGCCAGAUGAAAAUGCCACCAUGGAGGUCUUAGAGGAACAACGUUCAAAGACUUUGUGUCGUCUUAGGGGAGACAGUAUAGCAUGUGAGGAGGGUGAGGGUAAUUUUGCCCCCCAGGUGGUAUUAUUCUUAGCGCAAUUUAUCUCAGGCAUUGGUGGUUCUUUGUACUACACUUUGGGUGUCUCUUAUAUGGAUGAUAAUAUUAAAAAAUCUAAGACUCCCGUCUUACUAAGUCUCUCAUAUUUCUUGCGUAUGCUCGGUCCAGCCAUAGGUUAUGCUUUGGCCUCCCUGUGCCUAAGGGUCUACAUAGCGCCCCAGUUACAUCCGGUCAUUAAAAUGAAAGAUCCCCGUUGGUUGGGUGCCUGGUGGAUGGGUUGGUUAAUUAUUGGUACCAUGAUUAUGAUAACCGGCACUUGUUUGAGCAUGUUCCCGCGUGAAUUGCCGAGAGCAGCUGCCCGACGUAUGGUGGAAGACGAAAGAAAAAAGCAACGUGCUUCUGUUAAGGAUAAGGAGAAAACGGAAAAGGAAUUACUUAAUGAACAGCUAGAAGAGAAACCAGUUGUAGAACAUAAGGCCUCAUUUAAGGAUAUGAUGAUCACUUUUAAGCGUUUGACCACCAAUAAGACUUUAAUGUAUAAUAAUUUCUCAUCAGUAUUCUAUUUCUUUGGUUAUACGCCUUAUUGGAUUUUCACACCGAAAUAUAUUGAAAUUCAAUAUCGCCAGUCGGCCUCAACAUCAAGCAUGGUUACUGGUACUGUGGCCUUAGCUUUCUCAGCUGUUGGUGUCUUACUUUCUGGAUUUGUUAUAUCCAAAUACAAGCCACGUGCCCGCUAUAUGGCGGCUUGGAAUGUUGUGGUGGGCUUUCUUACUGUAGCUGGUAUUAUGACUUAUGCUUUUAUUGGCUGUCCUGGCAAUGAACAAUCGGUUGUGGUGAAUAUUCAUGAUAAAGCUUUAGAUAGUACUCCUACUUGUAAUUCAGACUGUGGUUGCGAUUAUGUUCGUUAUUCUCCUGUAUGUGGUGAAAAUAAUAUGACUUAUAUUUCUCCCUGUCAUGCAGGAUGUAGGAAACAGCAUAUUACUAGCACCGGAGCAAAGUAUUUCUAUGAUUGCUCAUGUAUCCCCAGCGUAAAUGCCAGCUUAAGUGGUAAUCCCGCCUUCGAGCGUUUAACAUCUAUGGAUUUGAUAGAAAAUGAUUUUACUACAACCGAUGCGACGACACAACCAAUGAUUACGUCCCUAUCCAAUUAUCCAGAUCUAGAAUUUGGUAGUGGUGGUCAAGCGAUGUAUGGUGCCUGUUCCGUUAAUUGCUUCACACAAUUCGUUACAUUCCUGGCGGUAAUGUGUUUGUUGAAAUUCAUUGGUGCUACAGGCAGAGCUUCCAACUUCCUGGUAUCGGUGCGUUGUGUACCAGAGAAGGACAAAACAGCAGCCAUGGGUUUUGGUAUGAUGAUGAUGUCUAUGAUGGCCUUCAUACCCAGUCCUAUAUUCUUUGGUUGGGUAUUGGAUAGACUGUGUUUGGUGUGGGGCAAAACAUGUUCCAACAAAGGCAACUGUUGGUUAUACGAUCCAGAAUCAUUAAGAUACACCCUGAAUAUGACUGCCGCUGUUUUUGUCACCAUUGGUGCCAUUUUCGAUUGUGGUGUUUGGUAUUACGUUAAGGAUUUGAAAAUCUUCGAUGAAGAAGUUCAAGAUGUGGAAAUGGAAAUCGUUAAACAUGAGGAAGAAGAAAUGAAAACUGAAAUUUAAUUAAAUGAAAUCUGAAAUAUCUCUGUUUUUAGUUGAAUUUUAAUCCUUUAAUUUGAUUUGUAUUCCUAUUUCAAUCAUCUCUAUAGUUGUGUGAGUGCGUAUGUUUAUUUGUAUAGAGAGAGUGGUGUAUCUGUGUGACUGAGUGUAUGUUGUUUUAGUUAACAAAUAUAAUUUUCUUAUCAUUUUGUAUAAUAAGCGAGAAGUAAUAAAUCCAAUAACUAUUGUUGUUUAUUAAAUAAUUUUGAUAUAUUUGUAAGUGUUAAAAUAUGAACAUUUGUAAAGUGGCCAUAAUAAAAUAAAGAUAAAUAAAGGUUUAAUAAAAAUUCAAAAAAA